AUGGCCCACACAGCGAUGUCAAUGGGUUUGACCAUGGUCCUGGUGACCAUGCUUUGGGCGGGAGCCAUGGCUCAAUCAGAUUGUACAAAUGUUUUAAUCAGCAUGUCACCGUGCCUAAAUUACAUUACAGGGAACUCCUCAACUCCAUCCUCACAAUGCUGCACUCAGCUAGCUAGUGUUGUUCGCUCAUCACCCCAGUGCUUGUGCCAGGUUCUUAAUGGCGGUGGCUCAUCACUAGGGAUCGAGGUCAACAAAACUCAGGCUAUAGCCUUACCUGGUGCUUGCAAUGUGCAAACUCCACCUAUCAGCAGCUGCAAUGGUGCCUCUCCAGCUGCCUCACCUGCGGGAACACCAGAAGCUUCAAGCACCCCUUCAGGAACGGCAUCCAAAACUGUACCAUCAACACAAACAGAUGGAACAUCAGGUGGAAGCUCCUUGGAUUUCUCAAUCUCUUUACUGUUCUUCCUUCUCUUUGCCGCUUCAUAUGGUUCAACCUUCACAGUGAUUUUCUGAUCAGCCAGCCAGUCAACACUUACACUAUACUUUACACAUUGCAUAUCCUUGGUCAUUGAUGUAUGAUAUAAUAUAUUACCGAGAGCGUCGGUUGAGGGUGCAUGUAUUGUUUACUUUUUUUGCGACCUCAUCAAAGGUUGGUGUAGUUUUGUAUUACUGAAGAGACGUUUGCUCUCUUCCCUUCCUAAUAAGACAUAUUUAUGAUCUAUCAUAAA